AAGCCAGUAAAGAACCGAGAAACCCGCGUUAAUUUUAAAGAAGAAAUAGCGAAGCCGACCCAGGUUUAAGUAGUACAUUGCUAAUGGCGUUUCCCUCAGCUGGCAGCCAGACCCCGCUAGGUUAAUUCCCGUAACGGGGGGGGAUGCACAGCCUCAUAACCCCGGCUAGCAGCGGUUUGCAGCUGAAGUCCUCCUGCAUCCAAGGAGACACAAAGAUUUGUCGGCUGGGGCUUUUUUUGCUUUGUGUUUUUUUUAGGGCAGCUUCAGAAUUGUAAGUUUUGUGUGGAACUUUCUGUUUUGUUCUUGGUAGUGGGAAUUAAAAUGGGUGUGGACAAACGUUUAGUUUCAUACUCGAAGUUUAGCUUGAACUUACUGUCAGGUGUGAAUUACACACGAACGGAUCGUUUGUAACUUCGAAAUGCCUGGAGUGCUUUAGAUGGCCACAAACUACCAGCUGCUGAUAGGUUUUUUCGAUACACGCCCCCGUACGUAAAGUAAUGAAAACUGAAACCAUGGUUGGGUUUAUUUUUUUCAUGCAGAGGACUUGUCUACACUCCCAGAGUGAAAAAGAUUUCCAUCUAUGAUGAUGACAGAUUUUACAGGAGAGCAUACGUGGUUACGAAUACAGCAAGAACUCAGUUUGAGGAAACUAACAGAGGGUUCAGAGUAUCAAGAGGAACUAAAAUAUGACUUCAAUAUAAAAGGGGAACUGAGGCACCUGGAUACAGAUGAGUCCUUUGUUUUCAAUUACUGCAAGAAUGGACAUGAGCAGAAUCAUAAACGCUACAAAGUUCUGGGACAUUUUAUUACCCAGUAUGUUUAUGAGCUCCUGGAAAGAGUCUGCAUGCUGCAGAAGGUUUAUAUUCCUACUGAUGCUACAGAGGAUGAACCAAGAAGUUUCUUUUUCAUGAGUAAGAAUGCACUAACAAGUUCCUCUAGCCUUAUUAUCCUUCUUCAAGACCGUGGAGUUUUUUGUGCUGGACAGUGGGGGCGAAGAGCAAUUGUUGGUGAGGGCCUGAGACAUGGAACACAAAUACCAUUCAUCAAAAUGGCCCUGCAAAGCCACUGGGAAGUGAUUGUACUGAACCCCAAUGACAACUUCACUGAUCUGAACUCUGAAAAGGAGAGAUUUUCUGCCAGGGAAGAAGCAUCUACUUUUACACAGUCUGUCUGGGGGUUCCCCAAGAGGGGCAGCAGCAGCCCUGAGGAGCAUACUGUGUAUGUAUGGGAUCAUUUCAUUGCAAAGAGUGCAGCCAGGAACGUGGCCUUCAUUGCCCAUGGCUAUGGUGGGUUGGUAUUUGUUGAUCUGCUGGUGCAGAGGAAAUGUGAGGUGAUGAAUAAAGUGUACUCUGUGGCAUUCAUCGACUCCACACACAACAUGCAGCACCAGAGCAGACAUGAUCCAGAAAUACAGGAAUGGAUACACAAAAACUGCCGGGAAUGGGUGUCAAACAGUAAACCCCUAAAUAAAACUGUGGGCUUUCUCAUGAGAGUAAGUUGUCCUACUUUCUCUGCUGGAACAGAAAAGUAUGGUUUAGCACCCUCUUGCUGCUUACAACCCAUAUUUAAGUACCUGAAGAGCAAGCUGAAAGUCAAGAUCACAACAGCCUCAAGGAAUUCACCUGUUGCAACCAGAAGCAGCACAAGUAAGAAGAGAGGCAAUAAAUAAAGCUACACUGGUUUGUUCUUGA